UUGAUCGCCAUUUGUUGUGUGAAUUUCUUGAAAGAAUGUCGAAGCCAACGUUGUACUAUGCCCUUUUCAGUCCUCCGGCCAGAGCUUGCAUCCUGGUAGCCAAACUAAUUGGCCUGGAUCUGGACCUAAAGCUCGUUGAUUUUUCGAAGAAGGAGCACCUGAACGAGGAGUUUAUAAAGCUAAACCCCCAGCACCAGAUUCCUGUGUUUGUGGAUAGCGAUGGUGAGGUGUACGUGGACAGUCACGCCAUCGUGUGCUUCUUGGUGGCCAAGUACGCUGGGAACGACCAGCUGUAUCCGCAGGAUCUGAAAAGGCGAGCCCACAUCGACCACCGCAUGCACUACGAGAACGGAGUGCUCUUUCAGGUGGUCAAGGACAUUGUGGCGCGGAACAUUUACGGCGGAGAGGGGGAGUUCAACGUCCGAUCUCUGACCCUCUGCCAUAAUGCCUACUCCGAUUUGGAGCACUUCCUGGAGAAGGGCAACUUUGUGGUGGGCAAUGAACUGAGCGUGGCCGAUGUGUCCAUUCACACCACGCUGGUGACCUUGGAUUUGCUCAUACCAGUGGCGAGGGAGAAGUACCCGCAGACAAAGGCCUGGAUGGAACGCAUGGAUACCUUGUUGCCGGACAACGAGGAGAUCAAUCUCAAGGGUGCCCGUGCACUGCAGACCCGCAUCCUGAACUGUAUGGCCGAGAACAAAGCCAAGGCUCAGUAGAUUUCUUCUUUAUCAUCUAUCUUAUACCCUCUAUACUUUAAUUUCAAAACAUUUAAGUCGUUUAUGCCGUUCACUUUCAAAAAAUCAUUGUUAAUUCGAAUUGUACUUGGAUAUGAAAUGAUGAAUGAUUUUAUCUGCAAGGUUCUUGCUCAAAAAAAGGCUUAUAAUUCGAAAAUAAUUAUUUAAAAUUUUUUCAUAGAAAACUCCCUUAAUUGUGACAAAUUUUCAUUUCAAGAUAUGUAUGUCUUAUGACUUUAACUUUAAACAAUUGUUUUAAAUGUGGAAUGUUUUUUUUAUAUGUAAAAUGUAAAACCGUUGAAAUGAUAAAUGAUAGCUCUGCAUGGUUAAUGGUCUAAUAAAAAGACUAUUAUAAUUCGAUUAAAGAGUACAUUUUUGUCAAAGCAAAA